AUAUUGGAGACAGUUUUUUCUCACUUAUGGUUGAUGAGUCUCGGGACAUAUCUUUAAAAGAACAAAUGGCGAUUGUCUUGAGGUAUGUAAAUAAGCACGGUGAGGUGAUUGAAAGAUUUAUUUCAGUGGAACAUGUAACUGAUACAUCAUCCCAAUCAUUAAAAAAUGCCAUUGAUAUGCUAUUCUCUAGACAUGGAUUAUCACUAUCUAAAUUACGAGGCCAAGGUUAUGAUGGGGCUUCAAACAUGAGUGGUAAAUUUAAUGGUCUUAAAGCAUUAAUAUUGAAAGAAAACCCUUCAGCAUAUUAUGGCCACUGUUUUGCACAUCAAUUGCAAUUAGUAGUUGUUGCUGUGGCUAAAUGUUCUCCUGCAGUUAGUGAUUUUUUUGAUCAUCUUUGUCGUAUUUUGAAUUUGGUUGGUGCUUCUUGUAAGAGAAAGGAUAUGCUUCGACAAAAACAACAUGAACUUAUAUUGAAACGUUUAGAAAGUGGUGAGAUCCUUUCUGGAAAAGGGAAGAAUCAAGAAACUUCUUUAACUCGGCCAGGAGAUACACGGUGGGGUUCACAUCAUAGAACAAUACUUCGUCUUUUUUUGAUGUGGCCAUCGGUAGUUGAAGUGCUUGGGGACAUACAUCAAGAUGCUACCAAUCAAGAUUUAAAAGGUAUUGCAGAAGGCUUACUUGAAAAAAUGGAGACAUUUAAAUUCGUCUUUAUGUUGCAUUUGAUGAAAGUUAUCUUGGCAAUUACUAAUGAUUUGUCAGAAGCUUUACAACAAAGAACUCAUAAUAUUAUAAAUGCUAUGACAAUGGUUCGAAGUAUGAAGAAUAAAUUGCAGCUAUUAAGGGAGGAAGAAUGGGAGACAUUCUUAGAAGAUGUGAAGAAAUUUUGUGAUGAUAAUUUCAUUGAAGUACCCAAUAUGGAAGACAUAUUGCCUAUCCGAGGUCGCUCAAGGCGUGAGGGACAAGCUGUUACUUACUUCCAUAUAUAUCGUGUUGAGAUCUUUUGCGGGGUUAUUGAUCUUAUUUCCCAAGAGAUGGAUAACCGUUUCACAGAAGGAAACACAGAGCUACUACUUUGCAUUGGCUCAUUGGAUCCUAGGAAUUCAUUUUCAAGUUUCGAUAAGUCAAAACUUGUCCGUCUUGCACAAUUCUAUCCAGAAGAUUUCUCUUUACUAGAUCUUGAGCUGUUGCCAAAUCAGUUGAAUAAUUUUAUCUAUGAUGUGAGAAUGGAUAAAGAUUUAUCUGGACUUCAAAGUAUAGGAGAUCUUUCUGUCAUGAUGGUGAAGACACACAGACACACUGCUUAUCCUUUAGUUUAUCUUCUGGUUGAGUUAGCUCUGGUUCUACCUGUUGCCACUGCUACUGUUGAGAGAGUUUUUUCUGCUAUGAAAACGAUCAAGACUUAUCAGCGUAAUAGGAUGGGAGAUGCGUGGCUGAAUGAUAGUAUGAUGAUAUAUAUUGAGAAAGCUAUUUUUGCAAGUGUGGAUAACGAAGCUAUUCUACAACACUAUCAAAAUAUGCAAAAUCGCAGGAUCCAACUAUCAUCCAUCACUUCUUCAGAAAAGAAUAGUACAACUAUUGGAAAUUAAAGGUUAGUUGCAUUUUCUUUUAUUAUUGUAAGGUUUUUCAUAUUAUGGAUAUUCUAUAGUUAAAUAUUUGAG